CCCUCCCCUUUUUUCCUCCUUGAGAAGAGCUGGUGGAUGCCUUUUGAAGCCUCGGUGGUUCCCGUGUCCGAGCGCGCAGCAUCAACCCCUGGGAGGAGCCCAUCUGUCUGGCGAACGGAGUAAGUAAGUUCCUUGAUGCGGCAGCAGCAACAGCAGUCUGCCGUCUGAGUGCAGAGCAAGCUUAGCCCAGGCCGGCCUUCCUUCCCUUUAUGUGCGGGCGGCUGGCGUGACGUGACGAUGCUGACCGGAAUGCUGCAGCUCAUCGCGUUGUGUGGUGUGCUCAUCGCGCACCAUGCGGUGGCCUUCACGCCCUCCCGCCCCUCCCCCUCCCUCCGCAGACACCCAUCGGCACGAUCACUCAGACCCACUCAUGCUGCAGCCAGACCGUCCGACCGGUCGCUCACCAUGGCUGCACCGCCAGAUGCCCACACCUUCGGCAGCAGCGCGACGGCAGAGGAGAUGAAGCACCCUUUUCUGCGUAACCUCAACUCGAUACCCGAGAUGUGGCCGCUGCUCACCGAACGGUUCGGUGACAGAACGGCGCUCAAGGACCCUUAUCAUGGGGGCGAGGGAGAUGGGGAGGGCGGGAGGGCGUUGACGUAUCGGCAGCUGGACGAGGAGAUCCGCAGCCUGGGGUCGGGUUUGGCGACGGCUGGGCUGCUCAAGGGGGACAAGGUGACCUUCAUUGCGGAGAACUCUCAUCGGUGGAUCAUCACCGACCAGGCCAUCAUGCUCGCAGGUCAGUGAGAACACACACGUGCAGGCAGCCUCCCUCUCUCUGUUUCUGUCGUCUCAUUCUGCGCGUAAUGGGCCUCCCUCCCAUAUGGCCACUCAUCUCAUUUACCCACCCAUACAUCAGGUGGUAUUUCUAUCCCUCGUGGCGCGGCGGCCGAUCUGAAGGAGUUGUUGUUCAUCUUGGGCCACUCCGAGAGCUCCGUCAUCGUGGCCGAGACCCCUGCCGUCCUCGACAAGCUCCUGCACUACGUCUACGUCGAGGCCCCCGCCCUCCCUGACGUCGACCUGACCGCUCUCAAGAAGCGGCUCAAGUUUGCAGUCGUCCUCUACGACGACCCGUCAGCCAAGGGCGGCCAUCUGUCGCUGCAGGGCGUGGCCACCAAGUACCAGAAGAACCUCACGGUCUACGGCUAUGACGCGCUCGUCACACACGGAUCGACCUACUCGUCGGCCUUCCGGCCGGUGGCUCUGGGCCCGGACGACGUGGCGACGAUCAUGUAUACGAGCGGGACGACAGGGCGGCCGAAGGGGGCGGUGUUGCGGCAGCGGAACCUGCUGCACCAGAUCAACACCAACACGUUCUCGGGGCAGGAGAUAGUGGACAAGGACAAGGAUGGGCUGUUGGGGUACAAUAUGAACCCCUUCCCUGGAGACCGAUUCCUCUCCAUUUUGCCCACUUGGCACAUCUUCGAGCGGGCCGCCGAAUACUGGGGGUCAGUGAUGAGCUACCUGGAUCGAUGGAUGGAUGGAUGGGCGUGUGUGGCUGUGUGUCUUGCGCAGGUUGAGCCGCGGGACGGAGAUGAUUUACACGACCAAGCUGCACUUCAAGACGGACCUCAGCAAGUUCUCGCCCCAUUACCUCAUCGCCGUACCAAGGCUCUAUGAAACCGUCGUCAAGGUCGCCAUACAGACAGAGAGACAGGGAUACACACACACGCGGACACACAUAGGCAUGGCAUGGCAUGGCUGGGUGGCAUCGCGUCGUUCGUGCUCGCCUCACUCACACAUCAGGGUGUUGAGAAGAAGUUCCAGGAAGGAUCACCCGUCAAGCGGGGGUGCGCCACACACACACACACACACACACGUCUGCCCACCAAUGCUUUGUGUGCUCGUGAACCCAUCAGAUUGGUCCGUUUGCUUCGUUCCGUCUCUCGCAAAUACGUCAAAGCGAGAAGGAUCGUCAGAAGUGAGACAUUCAUUCGCCCUACCUCCCAGCCAGCCACCCAGCCAACACACUCCCCACUCCCCACUUCCCACGCCACACGCAUCUCUCCCUCCCUCCCUGUUUGUUUGUGUGACCCACCAUACAGACCGGAACCUGUUUGACUUCAACCCCGGUUUCAUCACGCGUCUGAAGUCCCGCCUUGCGAUGGUGUUCCUGUGGCCGCUGUACAAGGUGGCGUCGGUGCUGCUGUGGAAGAAGAUCAGGGACGGGCUCGGGGGCAGCAUGAAGGUCCUCAUCUCGGGAGGGGCCGCACUGCCCAUGAAGGUCGAGGUAAGUGAGGAGUUGAACAGACAGACAGACAGACAGAGGGAGGGAGGGAGAGAGGGGUUGCUGGAUGGAUGGAUGGAUGUGCAGGAUUUCUUUGAGAUGGCUGACGUGCCUCUGGUGGUGGGCUACGGGCUGACCGAGACCUCGCCCGUCAUCACCAACCGCAACGUCGACGACAACACACGGGGCACCGCAGGCACAGUCGUCACCGGCACACAAAUCAGGGUCCGCACCACGCAACACAGAGGCCUUUUAUGCAGCCAUUGUCUUGUGUGUCUUGUGUGUGUGCAGAUAGCCGACCAGGAGACGGGCGAGGUGCUGCCUGCUGGCAGAGUUGGUGUGAUCGAGGCCAAGGGUCCGCAGGUCAUGAGCGGCUACUACAACAACGAGGAGGCCACCGACGCAGUGCUCACGCCCGACGGAUGGUUCAACACCGGAGACCUCGGCAUGAUCACACCCACUGGUACACACACACACACACACACACACCCUCCCAGCCACACACACACACAUCUCCCUGUCUCCCUCCCUCUCUCGGCGUGCAUCAUCGCACCACCAGGUCAGCUGACCCUGACAGGUCGAGCAAAGGACACUAUCGUCUUGUCGAACGGCGAGAACAUCGAGCCGGAGCCCAUCGAGGUGGACAUCAUGAACUCGCCGCUCGUCGACCAGGCCAUGCUCGUCGGACAAGACGAGAGACAACUCGGUGAGUCUGGUCUGCACACAGUCAGUCCACCAUGCUGCGAGUAAAGACACGCGCCUGUGCCUCCCUCUCUGUCUCUCAGGUGGCCUGCUGGUGCCCAACCUUGACGCCAUGUGGGAGGAGGGCAUUGUCACCACAGUAAGGCCAGACACACACACACACAGCAAAGGGCUAUCGAUCCGACGCAUGGGCAUUCGUUGAUUCCAUUGUGUGCGUGUGUCGCAGGAGGCGAGGGACAAGUACAAGAAACUCGUCGAAGAGAGCAGCGACGAGAGGGUAACCACCCCCAAGCACACCCGCAUGGACGCCGAUUUGUCUUGUCUUGUGUGAUGUGUGUGUUGGUCUGGCCGUUCAGGCGUUGCGCAAGGCGGCCGAUGAGCUGCAGAGCAUCCCCGAGGUGGAUGCGGCUUUACGUCGGCUGCUCCGUGAGAAGAGCCAAUCACGGCGGCCUGACGAGGCCGUCCGGAUGUACCGGCUAAUCCUGCAGCCCUUCUCACAGGAGAACGGAUGCCUCACACAAACGUUCAAGGCAAGAGAGAACCAUUGGCACUUCCCCGCCCCUCUCCCUCUCCCUCUCCCUCGCAGACCCUCCCGUCUGUGUGCAUCUUAUUUAUGCCUUGGCAGGUGAAGCGGCAUGUGGUCUUGUCCAAGUUCGGCGACGUCAUCGACUCCAUCUACAAUCCCCAGAAGGCCGGUCUAAUUGACAGAGUCCGCAGCACCAUCGACAAGCAGACCGACAAGAUACGCGACCAGGCCGACAAAGUGCGGGACACCAUCUCCAGCAAGCUGCCUGACCUCCCUGAGUUCAAGAAACCCGAGUUCCAGAAGCCCCAGAUGCCCGACUGGGGGCCGUUCAAACGCGGCAAGGAGGGCAAGGGCGGCGAGGUGGAGCAGCAGGAGCAGGAGCAGCAGCAGCAGGGGCAGCAGCAGGUGUUGAAGGGGGGCGAGGAGGGCAUCACAGUGGCGCCAGCGGACAGGAACCACCAUGAGGCCCAUGUGGAGCACCACUUGGGUGUGGGGGAGGAGAAGAGAAUAAAGGUCACUGAAGUGAGAUGACAGAGAGCUACGUAUACAGGACCGAUUUGAUGGCUGGUUGGGGUGGGGUGGGGUUGGGAAGAGCGGAGCGGGUGUCUGUACUUUACCCCUCUCUCCCACCCUGUCUCUCUCUCUCUCUCUGGUGUCUGCGUGACAAAUCGACAGACAGACGGACAGCUAUGAGCAUAGCUGCGCAUUCACUGAUUGCAAUGCAUCGCAGCCGUAUUUUUGCUUUGUUUGUGCGUACCUGUGUUUGUUUGUACGGAAUGGACACACGGAUGGAUGGAAGAGUGACACGGGCGGGGCACGCAGGCAGGCAGGAAUCACUCAGUUACUCAAUCACUGAUGAGGGCAUUUUUCACACGCCACGCACACCUACGCGCGCGCGCGAGAGAGAGAGCUGGAGAGAUGGUAGCAAGGCAGAGAGAUGCGUUUUGCCGUCCGUCCGUCCGGCCAGCCAGCCAGCCGGCCUGCAUGCACAUCUGCAGGCCAUUCAUUCGUGUAAGGGGGGAUGGGAUGUGUACAGUGGGGUGGGCCGGGGUGAGUCGUAAUGUAGCUAGGAGACGUGCGAGCGAAGGAGGCAAGGAAGGAAGCGGGGGGCUGCGAGAGAGAGAUAGAGAGACCAGAGAUGCUGCCACACACACACACACAUCCAUUCAACGGAGAAGGAGUGGUCGUGACACCGACCCCUCGCUCUCCGUCGCAGAGCUGCGGCGAGAGGGGGUGUUUGUUCAGUAAGACAGCCGGCCAGCUAUCCAUCAGAGAGCAGGGAACUUUUGGCGAUGAGUGGGACACUCGAUGGCCACAUGGUAUGAUUUUUGACCAUCCCCCAUGCCACACACGUGUUCGCCUGCCUGCCCCGCCUGCCUGAGUGGUUUAAUCGACUAUGCCUUGCCUUGUAUGGGUGCAGUGCACCCUGUGGCCGCUGGACCUUUCCGCGGCCAGCCAGCAUCUUUGCAUUUUCAUGGUGUUUCUGGCUCUAGCUGGCUCUAGCUGGCUGUCGACUGUCGGUUGAUGGUCGAGUGCUUCUGCACGCACGAGUGGCUGUCUGUCUGUGGCUGUCUGCCCAGUUUGUGUCAACACACCCCCCCACCCACCCACACCCACCCACACACGCAUCAGUGGUUCUUUUGUAGGCUGGUAGGUGUGCUGGCUUGGCUGCAUUGGCUGCAUCUAGGUAGGUCUGUGAAUGAAGUUGGUCGGCUGCCGGCCGGGUUAAUGUCGGUGGAUGGAUGGAUGGAUGCCCUUCGAUGGUGGGUGUGUACUCGUAAGUAAGUGUCACGGUCGCUCGAUCUUUGUAUCUUUGGACGGACGAAGGGAAAAUGCAAUGCUGCAGGGUGGGUGGGUGGCUAGACAGACUCAGAAUGCCUCUCUCUGCCGGUCUUCCUUCAAUGCUCGUCCGUCCUCC